AUGACUUACUCGACUUAUGCCUUCUACCUGGGCCGUCUGGGCAAAGAUACUGGUCUGGAAGACAAGCUGAUUAGCUAUUGCUUCCGCCGAGGCACGGCAAAUGCAGUUAACGGUGUUGCCUUAGAAGCCGACGCCCCUCUCGAGAGCGACAUCUCUGAUGAUGGGUUGACCCGGGCUUUUACGCAUAUGAGCAUUCGAUGCAACCCGGGCGCUCCAAAGGAAGUCCCUCGAGAGGUGAUGGACCCACUCCUCGCAGCGGAUCCGGAGAUCGUGAACACGCGCAAACCGAAUUCUUCCAGCCCUCGUAGCCGCGCAUCAUCUCAGAAGCUUGUAGCACUUAUGAGCACGAAGCCCCAAGGGAUAUCGAAGUCGAGGCGAGAGGAGACGACUCGAACGAAGAGAUCCAAGAAGCAACUUGGGAGCUGA